AGAAGCUUCUUUGACGUCAGCCACGCUAGAUUUCAGCAAUCCAAGAUGGCGGAGGUGAGCGGGUUGAGGAGCAGAAAUCACUUCGAACCCAACUGCAAAAGCCGAGUCGUUGACGAAGGCUUGAGUGGUGUGGAGGAUGUCCCCAUUUUUCGGCAUAAAUCAAAGCCUCCUUUAGCCAAGCCUGAAGACCUGGAUGAUGAAUUGCUUCCCAGGACCAUGGCCUCGAACUCGGGCAAAAAUGCCAGCCUCACCCCCUCACCAGAUGAAGGGAUUCACGAAGAGGAGGCAGUGAUAGAGGAAGAAAAAGCCAGGCCCAUCCAGAUUGUCCUGGCCAAUGAGGAUGAGCACAGCUUCGAGCUGGACGCCGCAGCGCUGGAGAAGAUCCUGCUGCAAGAUCAUGUGAAGGACCUGAAUGUGGUCGUGGUGUCUGUGGCUGGGGCUUUCCGCAAGGGCAAGUCCUUCCUGCUGGAUUUCAUGCUGCGAUACAUGCACAAUCAGCAGAGUGAGCCAUGGAUUGGAGGUGAUGAUGAGCCCCUGACGGGGUUCACCUGGAGAGGAGGCUGCGAGAGGGAGACCACAGGAAUUCAGAUCUGGAGUGAGGUGUUUGUGGUCGACAAGCCAGAUGGCAGCAAGGUAGCAGUACUUCUUGUUGACACUCAGGGAGCGUUUGACAGCCAGUCCACCAUUAAGGACUGUGCUACUGUGUUUGCCCUUAGCACAAUGACCAGCUCUGUACAGGUGUACAAUCUCUCCCAGAACAUCCAGGAGGAUGAUCUGCAGCAUCUGCAGCUCUUCACAGAAUAUGGUCGGCUGGCAAUGGAAGAGAUCUACCUGAAACCUUUUCAGUCCCUGAUGUUCCUGAUUCGGGACUGGAGUUAUCCUUAUGAACAUGACUAUGGCCUGGAAGGAGGCAACACCUUUCUGGAGAGAAGACUACAGGUAAAACAGAACCAACAUGAAGAAUUGCAAAAUGUGAGGAAGCACAUCCACUCCUGCUUCUCAAACAUCGGCUGCUUCCUGCUGCCUCAUCCCGGCCUCAAGGUCGCCACCAACCCGUACUUUGACGGCAGGCUGAGAGACAUCGAUGGUGAUUUUAAGAGGGAGCUGGCCAAGCUGGUGCCUCUCCUCCUGGCCCCAGAUCGACUGGUAGAGAAGGAGAUCGGAGGCAACAAAGUCACCUGCAGAGAUCUCCUGGAGUAUUUCAAGGCUUACAUAAAGAUCUACCAAGGUGAGGAGCUGCCUCACCCGAAGUCCAUGCUGCAGGCAACAGCAGAGGCCAAUAACUUGACUGCUGUGGCAGGAGCCAAAGACAUGUACAGCAAGAGCAUGGAGCAGGUCUGCGGCGGGGACAAGCCAUACAUCGCCCCGGCUGACCUGGAGCGUUGCCACGGGGAGUUUCGCGAGCACUCAGUGCGUUACUUCCGCUCUGUGAAGAAAAUGGGCGGCGAGGAAUUCUGCCAGCGCUACCAGAACCAGCUGGAGUCCGAGCUGGACGAAGCCUUCACCAACUUCUCCAAACACAACGACGGCAAAAACAUCUUCUAUGCAGCACGCACACCCGCCACGCUGUUUGCGGUCAUGUUUGUGACCUACGUGGUGUCUGGGGUGACAGGCUUCAUCGGUCUUAGCACCUUAGCAGUGCUGGCUAACCUGGUCAUGGGCGUGGCGCUGCUGUCCCUCUGCGCCUGGGCGUACGUGAAGUAUUCUGGAGAGUUUCGGGAGGUGGGAACGAUGAUCGAUCUGGUGGCUGAGACACUGUGGGAACAGGUUUUGAAGCCGCUAAGUGAACAUUAUAUGGAAGACAACGUCAGACAGACGGUGGUUAACUCUAUCAAAGCCAGCCUGACAGAACAGGGCUCGCAGCACACCAAGUUAAAGACUCACUGACGCUCUUCCUCCUCCUCUUUCUCCCUCGUCAUGUUCAUUACCCGCCCCCCACCCCUACCCCCGCCCACUCGCUCAAUGUGUUCAGUCCUAGAACUGUGGAACUAGUUCAACACCAAAGCUGCCCCUCUUCCCCCCCCCCACAAUCAUCACAUCACUGACCCGUCUUUCAUGAGCAGCGUGGACCUGUAGGCUCGCCGUCUGUCCUGUUCUUCAUCGCCCCCCAGUGCCUCAGAGCAGAAACUCCAUGUUCAUGAGAGGACUGAGCAGAGAAGCCGGCAGCGUCGCCUCUUGCCAAAACAGGACCUGAAGGAAGGUCAUCUUUCUCCUGUGUGCCACGCUGUGAUAGAUGUUUUAAUGCCGCACUGUAGGCUGACACAAACACAUACACACUUACACACACAGGUUUGCUGGUACCGGACUGCACUUCAGGACUGAGCUGUAAUUCAGGGAAAACUGACACCGCUGUGGGCAGCUGUUAUCAACAGUGGAUGCAAACUGAACACUUUUCUGUGCAUUUAAUCGAUUUGUCUUACAGGCUGGACAGUUCCGAGCUCAGCUUACUUUCUCUUCAGCCUGUUGAGUAACGUUUCCUACAAGCACAAGUGACUAAUCGACUGAGAAAACUAAUACUGAGGUGAUGUUUUCUUUCUAUCUUCUAUCUUUUUUUUUUUUUUUUUUUUUUUUUUU